AUGACGAUGUUUUCGUCAACAACGCAAGAGACGUUAGUUGACGACGAGGGCUCGCCAACUCAUACGACGCUCAUGCGUUCGAUAUCAGCUCUAGAUCCGCGUGAUUUUCAUAAUUUCAUUGAAAAACAUUACGGAGCAUGUUGGGGAAAAUUGAAAUUUGAAGAUUCAUUAAGUGAUUAUUCAAAUGACGCUCGGCCAUUUCUUUAUGUCGAUGACAAUAUCGAUUUGCAUGUAUUACGUCAAUUUAUGAUAAACGAAUGGGAGUUACAGUCGGCAAAUAUUGUCAUACCUGUACUAAGUGGUGUGACGAAUAAUAAACCUAUCAAAAACCAAAAGAUGACCGAAACAUUGAGAAAUGGAAUUAAAAAUGCAGCCAACGCAUCGGAAGUAUGGUUCAUAACCAAUGGAAUCGAUGCUGGUGUUCCACAAUUGAUCGGCACAGCUUUUCGAGAAGAAAUUGCGUUGCGACGAGCAGACGAUGCAUGGGCAAUCCAAAUGGGUCGUACGCCGAAGAAACGUAAAGCACUCGUCCUCAUUGGUAUCGUCUGUGAUGAUGAAAUAAAAGAUAUAAUUGAUUUGAAGUCCUCGAAAGACAAAAGAAAAAUGGAAGUGAAAGUUCCAGCGCGUAAGCGUGAUCAACUUUCGCUGAAUAGCGAUCAUACACAUUUUAUUAUCAUACGUGAACAUCCGAUUGGUGUGAGUUCGAAUAAUCUCGGACGAAAAUCUGUGGUUGCUGAAACUGGAGAAAAGCAAUUAGAAAAAUUAACCGACUCUGCCGAAAGUGCAACUAACAAGUUUCGUGAUCGAUUCGAAGAUUUUCUACACCAAGAAACGUUACAACAAACAAAUAACGAACCACAAACAGUCGACCUUCUUUCAACAACGCCAUUGUUAACUCGAAAGAGUAAUCCAUGGAGUGAGGAUGGCUUUCCGAUGGUGUGCACAUUAGUCCGUGGCACACCGGGAACAAUCGAACUGUUAUAUCAAAAGAUUCAACAAGAAGUUCCUUGCGUCAUUUUGAAAGGAACCGGUUCAGCCGCUGAUAUAAUUGCGUUUGCUUCCGAAGAAAUCAGUGCCAAGAAUGAUAAAGAGUAUGAAGAUAGUUAUUUGAAAGUGGAACUGUCUCGGCGUUUACUCGAUGAAUACCCAGCUUUGAAAGAUAACAAUGUGAAACGGAAUGAAAUUCGGGAUCAUAUCAUAGCGAUUGUGAAGAAAGCAGAUCAAGGCAAACGAAAAUUCUUAACUUUUGUCGAUGUGAAUAGUACAACAGCAUCAUUAAAUGAUUUUCAUAAGUUUAUUCUCUCAGCUCUCUUACAAUCACAAAAAACUGUCACCGGAAAUAAGGUCAAUGUUCAAUUGAAGCGAAAUCUUCUGCUCACAUUAGAUUGGAAUCUUCCAGAUUUAGCCUUAUCGGAAAUCUUUCAACGCGAUGAUGAUAUGAAACAUUCAAUCCAAGCCGAUCUGUUUGAUAAAGCUGUUCUAGGGAAAAAGCUCGAAGCAUUUGUUGAUUUAUUUCUCGAUCGAGAAUUUGCAUUACAUCGAUAUUUAAAAUCAGAUAAAUUAGUUAGUUUAUUCAAUCAAGCAAAAGACCGGGAAUUUUUAACUACAACCUCACUCGAAGGCAUUCUUGGUUUAACUGGUGAUGAAGACGAAAUGCCGAAAAAUUUUGUUGAACAUGGCCUGAAUAUCAUUGUGAAACGCUUAACAGGAAUUAGUCAUUUUUUUAGUAAACACGAAAUGGACUGCAAUGCAAUGGGUAUUUACUUCGGUGAUAAAACGGAUAAAGGUGUUCAACGACAACGAAUACGGGCGGAGAAAAAAGCUCUCCGGCAUUUGAUUAUCUAUGCUGUUCUAAUGAAUCGUCAUCAAUUAGCAAAAAUUCUUUGGAAACGCUCGUCAGAACCCAUUCCACUAGCAUUAAUUUGUUGUAUGAUGUUCAAAAAACUAGCACCGUAUUGCCACGAAUCCUAUCAAAGAUUACUGAUCGAAAAACAAGCAAAGGAAUUUUCCGAUUGCGCUGUUGGUGUACUCGAUAAGGCGUUCAAUGAGGAUAAUAUGCGAACAUUCGAGAUGCUUGAUGAAAAACAUCCCGAUUGGAAUCAUAUGGCAACUGUGGAAUUAGCUUACAAUGCGGAAAAUAAGGAAUUCAUGGCACAUGCUGCUUGCCAAAAAUGGGUUACUCGACAGUUUUAUGGAGAGAUUACUCCGCGAGAAUUAUCCUGGGGAUUGUUCAAAUGUCCAGAUUAUCUUAAAAUCAUUUUCAGUGCUAUCUUAAUCUUUCCAAUGUGGUUCUGGAUCAAUUUCUCCCCGAUUGGCCAAGCACCAUCGGCGCCGAAAAAGGCGAGUGAUUUACAAGAUACGAAGAGCACAAAGACUACGUCCGAACCAAAACUGGAUGAAGGGAAAAAAUUGGGUGAAUUUGUCGGCGAAGUGAAUAUCCGUGAAGGGAAUAGCGUAUUUCAACGGAUUAGACGUCGUUUCCGUAAUGGUCUGUUUAAGAAGAAACCAAAAACGCCAGUAGUUAAUGCAGAUUCGGAUGAGAAGCCGAUGAAUCAUUGGGAAGAAAUCGGCGUGCUAUGGACAGCGCCAAUCACGAAGUUUUACACGAACUUCGUUGCUUACAUCGUCUUUUUGGCGUUCUUUACACUAGCUGUAAUGUGGCCAACAUGUGGUAAUUUAUUACUCGAUUGUUUUGUCUGGUUUUGGACGGCAUCGAUUGCAUUUGAAAAUACACGUGUCGCUUAUGAAAAAUAUUGUUCGCAAAGCAGCUUACCAUUGCAACGUGCGGUGAUAGAAGUCAUUGUUCAGACAAUCUUUCUGGCAUUGUAUCUGGUAGUGAGAAUCAUCGGUUUAUGGAAUUUUGGAACAUGUCAAGUGUUAACGGCCAAAGCAAUCCUAGGCAUUGGCUUGAUUUAUUAUUACUAUCGUAUAUUGUUUAUUUUCUUACCAAUCAGUCCUAAACUUGGUCCGAUGAUGAUUCGUCUUCGUUGCAUGAUUAUGGAUGACUUCUUCACGUUUUUACAAUUGUUCGUGAUCUUCAUGAUCUCAUCAGGUGUAGCGAUAACUGCUGUACUGUACCCACACUAUCCGUUGGGUAUAGAAUUGUUUACUAAAGCAUUUGUGUUCCGUGGUUUAAUGGCACUAUUCAGCGGCGAAAUGUCUGAUUUGAAAACACAACAUCUCGCCUGCUCAAUCAAUGCUACAAGUCAGACAGAAAGUGAAUAUUCUUGUCUUCGAUUGUCCCAUGGCUUAUCAUUUAAAUAUGAUAAUCUCUAUGCGUAUAAUCGCUAUGGUAUAUCUUCACCCAAGUGCAAUCAGCCAUCGUGGAUAGCGUGGUUUCUAUUAAUCCAAUAUUUCUUCCUAGCCAAGCGUUUUCUCACCUCAUUGUUGACUGCAAUGUUUGGUUUAACUGGAGCGAGAGUACAAAGUCAAUCGGAACAAAUUUGGAUGUACAAUCGUUAUGAAAUCGUCAUGGAAUAUGCUAAACGGCCUCGGUUACCACCACCUUUUGUGGUUAUUUCAUACAUUGGAAUGUUAAUAUCUAAUGGUAGUCGGCAAUGUGUACUUAAAUUGAAGGAGUGUUCCAAUAAGAGAAAUCAUGCAGCACACCAGUCGCAGCAUCGUCUAGCCGAACCGAAGGAUGUCAUCGUGGAUAAUGAGCAGAAUCCGACUGCAUUGAAUGUGAACAUUGACGUGAGUACAAGUCAGUUGACAGAUGCCAAUGAAGAUCGAUCAGUGCUCGGACGAUUGUUGAAUUGUAAACCGUGCCGUCAAGUGACUGAAUCUCAUCAACGAAAACUAGAAAAAGCAAAUCAGAACUGGGAAGAUAGUGAAGCAAAUCUUUACUGGAAGUAUAAAGCUGUGGAGUUCUAUAACAAAACUCAAGAGGCAGAUAAAGUUCAAGAGAAACUUGACAAUUUAUCGAAUAGUGUAACAAACAUGCAAAAAGAUAUGGAUGUUCAACGAAAGUCACUCCGACAGAUCAACGAUCGAGUUGUGUCAUUAGAAAAACUAAUGGUCGAUUCUCAUAUUUUAUUGGAGAAGAUCCGAGCAACUAUUCAACAAGAAGAUAAAUCCUUGCCGGAAGGUCAAAAAUUCAUUCAUAUUCUAUCACGCGAAUCGCCAUAUAUUUAUACAAAUGAGCCAAGAUUUCCUGUGACGGAAAGAUAUAUACCGUGGAAGAUUUCAUUCGAUUUGUAUGACCCCACUUUGAUCACUUUACCAAAGGAACACAACUGUUUUCGAGAUGACGAACGACCAUUUGUGGAACCGAAUUUAUUGAAAGUCAAUUGCACGGAUGAUCCAUCUCAAUUGGAUGUAGAUACAUAUGUGACACCAGCCACUCCAAUAUGUCAACCUGGAACGUUUGGAGCUAUUGAACCGGCAGUGACACAUGGGACAAGUGAUUUCACAGUUCCGUUAUCCGACUAUAAAUGGAAUCAAAUUGUUGAGUUGCAAUUACCCGAUGGCAAAAAGAUGGUGGUUGAUCGUACAACUUGGGUAACUAAUCCAGUCGAUAAAUCACCCGUGAUCUAUCGAUUAGAUACUCAAUUGUUAAUACCGCUGAGUCCAAUGGGUCGAACGGGUGUUCGCGGACGUGGUGCAUUGAUUCGAUGGGGUCCGAACAAAUCCAUCAUGGCUAUCAUCACUCGAUGGAAGAAACAUCGCGGACAAUUCGCAAUUGUUGAUGGCCAACGCAUAUUAGAAGCGAUGGUUUUCAAGGAUAAAUUUACUAAUGACUGGAAAUUGCCUGGAGGAAAGAUUUUAGGAGUUGAAUCAGCGUAUGGAGCUGUUUGCCGUAGUUUUAAUAAACUUGCCUUUCAAGAUGACGAUUCUGAGCAUAGUUUAUCUCUUCAAGAAAGAGAUAUGAUUGAGCAUUUCGAAUCAUUUGCUCGUUCGUCAGAAGGUACAGAAAAACCAAAUGGUUUUGAAUCUCACAUGGUUUAUCGAGGUAAACGCACCUGUCUACAUAUGUCGAUUCAUCUUCAUUGA